CCGGAUUCAUGUGAUUGUGUCAGAAUCUCAGCUUUGGUUUGAAGAGGAAUUUAAAAAAAAAGAAGUAUCUAGCCUCCAUGGUCGUGGAGAAAAGCUUGAAAACAUGGCUCCUAAAGAUUCAAAAACCCAAAGACCCACAAACCAAGGGAACUGACUAGACAAGUGCUGUCCUGUCUUCUCAAGAGAGCUGCUGAAGAUGCAAGAAUUGCUGCGAGGGGAGAUACUUAAAGAAAAGCGGGAAAGAUGGCGAAGCUACACCCCUCCCCCCACCCCCGGGACCAUGGGGGUGAGACAGGGCGCGCGCCUCCUUUGGGGAGCGACUGGUGCCCGGCAGCGGGCAGGCGCUUUCUUACCCCACCUCGCUGAGCGGCUCUGUUUGUACGAGAAGCUAAAGGCUGCCUACGACGAGCGAUGUGCAGACCGGGCGCAGAAGGCGGGUGGGCCAAUCCGGAUCUCCCUGCCCGAUGGCCAACAGGUGGAAGGAGAGUCCCUACGAACCACGCCGUAUCACGUGGCGUCACAAAUCGGACGAGGCCUGGCUGAGGGGGCAGUGGCCGCCCGGGUGAACGGGGCUCUGUACGACCUGGAUCGCCCUCUGGAAAGCAGCGCCACCUUGGAAUUCUUGGGCUUUGAUUCUCCAGAGGGGCAGGCGGUUUUCUGGCACUCCAGUGCCCACAUCCUUGGAGUGGCAGCGGAGCGAUUCUACGGAGCCCUGCUGUGUCACGGGCCCAGCACAGAGAGCGGCUUCUUCUACGACAUGUACCUGGUGGGCCGAGCCGUGCUGGGCAGCGAGCUCCCCGCCUUGGAGGAGGCGUGCAGGUCCGUCGUCCGGGAGGCGCAUCCCUUCGAGAGGCUGGAAGUGUCCCGAGAGGACCUGCUGGAGCUGUUUAAGUACAACAAGUUUAAACUGCAGGUGAUCGAGGAGAAAGUGAAGUCACCGACUGCCACGGUGUACAGGUGCGGGGGGUUAAUCGACCUUUGCCGAGGUCCCCACGUCAGGCACACAGGGAAGAUCCGAGCGCUGAAGAUCCUGAAGAGCUCCUCUGCCUUCUGGAAGGGAGACCCCGCUCUGGAGUGUCUGCAGCGGGUGUACGGGAUCUCCUUCCCCAGCCCCGUGCGGCUGGAGGAGUGGGAGCAGCUUCAGGAGGAGGCAGCUAGCCGGGACCACCGGAGGAUUGGCAAGGAGCAGGAAUUGUUUUUCUUCCACGAGCUGAGUCCUGGGAGCUGCUUUUUCCUGCCCAGAGGAGCUCACAUCUACAACACCCUGAUCGACUUCAUCAAGAGCGAGUAUCGGAAACGUGGGUUCUCGGAGGUGGUCACCCCUAACAUCUAUAACGCCAAGCUGUGGGAGCUGUCUGGCCACUGGCAGCACUACAGCGACCACAUGUUCUGCUUCCCGGUCGAGAACGAGACCUUCGCCCUCAAGCCAAUGAACUGCCCUGCUCACUGCCUGAUGUUCGCUCACCGGCCCCGCUCCUGGCGGGAGCUGCCCCUCCGCCUGGCCGACUUCGGGGUGCUGCACCGGAACGAGCCCUCGGGGACCCUGACCGGCCUGACUCGGGUGCGGCGUUUCCAGCAGGACGACGCUCACAUCUUCUGCACCCUGGGCCAGCUGGAAGGCGAGAUCGGCGGAUGCCUGGAUUUCCUGCAGGCCGUGUACUCCAUCUUCGGCUUCUCCUUCCGUUUCUACCUCUCCACGCGCCCGGCAGGGUUCCUGGGGGAAGCUCAUGUGUGGGAGCAGGCCGAGCAGCAACUGGAGAAAAGCCUCAAUGAUUUUGGGCAGCCUUGGGAGCUCAGUCCAGGCGACGGGGCAUUUUAUGGGCCAAAGAUCGACAUUCAGCUCAAGGACGCCCUGGGCCGAUACCAUCAAUGUGCCACCAUUCAGCUGGACUUCCAAAUGCCCGUGAGGUUCGACCUGACGUACAUCAGCAAAGAUGGCAGCACGUCCGAGAGGCCGGUGAUGAUCCACCGGGCGGUGCUGGGCUCCGUGGAGAGGAUGCUGGCCGUCCUGGCUGAGAACUACGGCCGCAAGUGGCCUCUGUGGCUGUCCCCGUGCCAAGUCAUGGUGAUCCCGGUCGGACCCGAUGCGGAGGUUUAUGCCCACGAGGUCCGCGAGACGUUCCACCAGGCGGGGUUCAUGGCGGACGUCGAUGCCGACUGGAGUGCCACGCUGAACCGGAAAAUCCGGAAGGCUCAGCUGGCUCAGUACAACUUCCAGCUGGUGGUUGGCAGGAAGGAGCUGUCCGGCCGCACGGUGAACGUCCGCACCCGCGACGCCAGGCAGCACGGGGAACGCGGCCUGCAGGAGGCGCUGCUCAGGCUGCGGGAGCUGCGGGAUGCCCGGCUCAGGAACGCCGAGGAGCUGUUCUGAGCCGGUCCCCACGGCAUGUCGUGGGCUCGCGUCUCCAGGGGAAGCAGGCGGUGAUGAGCGGCCGCCUGUCCGAGUCGGUGAUGGAGCAGGCGAGCCAGGCGCCGGCGGCCUGGUGCGUAGGAUUGGGCUGGGGUUGCCAACGGGCGUCAGCCCUCUGACUUGCCCUUUGCACUGGUUCGGUGCCACUCCUGGCACAGGGAGGCUACACCAGCUGCUCUCCAGAUGUUCGUCACCCUAUGACGUCCCCAAGUGUGCGGCUUCCCAGCAGGGUCGGCACAGACCCUACACACUCCUGACAUGGACUGGAGCUGCAUCCGCACCCACAGACCAAGGGCAGGAGCCGCUUUAGGGGCUGGCGGCUAUUGAGAGGCCCCCCCAGGCGAGAGGGGGCAGGAAAUGCACGCUGAUGCUGUAGCAUGGCAGGGGCUGGACCCCCCUGUCCGGAGGAGGAUGGUCCCUGGAACCCGCAGGCCCGGCCUCACUCACUCAGCCUCACUCUCGCGGACUCAGGUCCCCGGGCCUGAAUAAAAUGUGUUUUCAAGUCAA